AUGGAUUAUCGUUAUCGAUACGGGGAUCGCUACAUGAAUACGAACAACAGUAGUGGUUCGUUGAGGGAUACCAACCAGAACUCUGACGAGCGCUACAGGAAUGGACGGCAAUAUGGCGAUUUUGUUCAGCACUAUCCUCAAAAUCAGGAGUACACACAGGACUAUGAGUACUCAAACCAAUCGCACAGCUACCAGGGCCAAGCACAAGGCAGCCGAGCCGAUUUGCAGGACAACAGCGGCCGCUACGGUGAUGGUUUCAGUUCCUACACUCCGCAUCAUAAUGUCCCACAAAUAAAUGUUUAUGAUGCUUCACAGCCCAUCCCCAUGGCACAGGACACUGUAGCCCCCAUGCCUUCAGGAAAUUUAGGCGCAAGUAGCGAUCUCUAUCAAAUGAACUACGAGCGUCGCAAUUCCAGUGCUCAGACAAGUACUGGUGAAGAGUUUCCCUUAGAGACACAACCGAUUUUGGGUUAUGGAAGCCCUCGUAUACCGCCUCCCUCCAGCCCAACAGCACUUGCACCUGGUAAUCUAGUGCAUGAGAGGCCCUAUGAAUACGAUCCAGAAGAAAUGACAGGUUAUAUUGACCAAAGAGGCGACGAUUACCAAAUAAACACAUUUUAUGAUAACAACAACCAGAUGGCAAAUCCAUACUCGAGUGCGUUCGAUUUGACAGAAUAUGCGGACCAGGCCUGGUACUCGGAUGACCGCAGUUCCAAUAGCUAUGAUGACGGAUACGGGAGGGAUCUCGGCGAGUACUAUAAAAAUGACGAUCUUAAUACCCUGGCAAGGAUUGGAUCCUCUAGUAAUCCUAAUGAUGAAGAAGACGAAGAUGUAGUCCUGAACAAUGGCCGUGAGAAGUUUGAAGAUGAAAACGGCGAUCGCCACAAUAGCAGCCCAAUCAGAAAACACACUACUGUCCGCAAAUUCAAGUUGAGCAUGGGAAACUUUGUUUUCGAUUGCCCUAUCAGCGAAAAUCUUAUUAGUCAAUACGUGAAGGCAGUGGACGAUGAAAACAAACUUUCAAAUGAAUUCAAGUUUAUGAGGUACCAAGCAGUAACUUGCGAGCCGCUGAUGUUUCAAUCCAGUAACUUUACGCUGCGUCAACUCAAAUACGGCUUCCCUCGCCGGACUGAAUUGAUGAUUGUGAUUACCAUGUAUAAUGAGGACGACGUUCUUCUCGGACGAACUCUCAAAGGUGUCAUGGAUAAUAUUCGGCAUUUUACCAAGAAAAAGAACUCAUCAACUUGGGGGCCAGAUGCUUGGAAAAAGAUCGUUGUCUGCGUUGUGUCCGAUGGACGAUCCAAAAUCCAUGAACGCUCUUUGGCUCUGAUGAGCGCGCUAGGAUGUUACCAGGACGGUUUUGCCAAAGGUGAAAUCAAUGACAAAAAAGUGGUCGCCCAUGUUUAUGAGCAUACCUCUAAAGUAAACAUUCGUAGUGUGAAAGACGGGAAAGUUGAAUUGGAAUGUGGGGAAAAUACCGUUCCAAUUCAGUUGCUAUUCUGCUUAAAGGAAAACAAUCAGAAAAAAAUCAACUCUCAUCGGUGGGCUUUGGAAGCAUUUGGUGAAGUCCUACAACCAACUGUUGUAAAUCUACUCGAUGCUGGUACUAUGCCAGGCAAGGACUCUAUCUAUGAACUCUGGCGUGAGUUCAAAAACCCCCAGGUUGGUGGGGCUUGUGGGGAAAUCAAGACAGAUUUGGGGAAGGGCUUUACGAAAUUGGUCAAUCCAUUGGUUGCAUCUCAAAAUUUUGAGUAUAAGCUUUCCAACAUCCUUGAUAAGACAACGGAGUCGAACUUUGGCUUUAUUUCUGUUUUGCCCGGCGCAUUCUCAGCUUACAGAUUUGAAGCAAUUCGUGGAGAGCCUUUGAGGAAGUAUUUCUUGGGCGAUGACCUCAAUGCCAGGGUUUUUAUUUCAAACAUGUACCUGGCUGAGGACCGCAUCUUAUGUUUUGAGAUUGUCAUAAAGAAAAAUAGUAACUGGAUACUGAAGUAUUCUAAGAGCUCCUACGGCUCUACGGAUGUUCCCGAAAGGAUACCGGAGUUUAUUUUGCAGAGAAGAAGAUGGAUGAAUGGGGCUUUUUUUGCUGCAUUAUAUUCAUUCCUUCAUUUUUACAAAAUUUGGAGUAGUGGGCACUCGAUCCCCAGAAAGCUAAUGCUAAAUCUGCAGUUUUUCUACCUUUUUGUGAGCAGUUUGAUUUCAUGGUUUUCACUGAGCUCCUUUUUUUUGGUCUUUAGAAUUUUAACCAUAUCCAUCGCGGUGUCCUACAAUGAUCAAAAGGUGUUUCGGGUAUUAUCAGUUCUGUUCUUGUGGCUCUACGGGGUUUCCAUUUUGAUAACUUUUAUAUUAUCUCUUGGAAACAAGCCCAAAGGUACCUCCAAGUUCUACUUGUCAACGUUCAUAUUCUUUGCCAUUCUGAUGGUAUAUAUGAUCUUUUGUUCCAUUUUCAUGAGCGUUCAUUCGAUUGAAGCGAUCAUUAAGGCAGGAAAUAUCACAUUCAAAAGCUUAUUGUUACAAGAGACUUUUAGAGACCUUAUCGUCUCCAUGGGUUCAACGUACUGUCUGUAUUUGUUGAGUUCUUUGCUGUACCUGCAACCCAUGCAUAUGUUCACAAGUUUCGUUCAAUAUCUACUGUUGAGUCCAUCAUAUAUCAACGUGUUGAACAUUUAUGCUUUUUGUAAUGUACACGAUAUCUCGUGGGGCACCAAGGGUUUCGUGGCCAAACCGCUUGGCAAAAUUCACUCAAAGGAGGACGGUACUGUAAAGCUGGAGAUACCCGUAUCCGCUAGGGAGAUCGACGCUAACUACCAAAAAUAUUGGGAGGUGCUCAAAUCCGAUCCCGAAGAAGAGCAAGAAGAAGUAGUUUCAUUUGAAGAGAAGAAGACUAAUUAUUACGCCAUGGUUCGGUCUUUGGUGAUCAUCAUAUGGGUAAUAUCAAAUUUCAUAAUUGUGGCGGUGGUCUUAGAAACCGGUGGUAUCGGACAAUACGAAAGCCUUGACAAGAGUAGUGGCAGCACCACAUCAGUUCUCAGUACAGUCUCAAUCUUGCCACAGAGAUCAACGAUAUAUUUCUCCGUUAUCCUUUGGCUUGUUGCAUUCAUGGCAGCCUUCCGGUUUUUAGGAUGCUGCGUCUACUUGACUCAGAGAUUUUUUCAAAGAUUGAGGAGAAAGCGGUAA